AUGUCAUAUGGCCGCUCACCUCCAAAACUCCAAGGAAGUUGCAGAAGGCCUCACACCAGGGUGAUCCCCUACCUUGGACUUCCCAAGAUCUUCCAGUCAGGCAAUGGAAGGGAUUUUGUAAAUCAGCUAGUUCUUCAGCUUGUUGCUGAGUGGGGAGCAGAUGAUGCCUUCUUUGUGAAUGGCAGUCCAAAGCACUCACAAUCCCAGGGCAAAUACAGCAUUGAGGAGGAGAUCUGCAAAUGUCGUGCACAGGCUGGGUUGGAUGGUGCGAAGGAGUAUCCAUGGGCAUCGUGGCUGCCCAGGAUCCAGUUUAUAUUGAACAACGUGCGCAGUGAAGCUACCCAGCAAACUCCAUAUGAACUGGUCUUUGGACAUUCCAGUCACUCAGACCUGUACUCUGGAGUAUGUGUUGAUGGCAAUGUCAUCAAUGAAGAAGACCUACCAGCUACCACCGAAGUGGUCAUAGAUGAUGAAAUUGCCCAGACCGCCUCAGUAAACGAUGAUCACGAGUUCGUGGGAACACCCGAUUCACAUCUGAGUGACAGUGAGAACGAUCCUUCAUCACCUCAGGGGGAUGACGGCUCAGCAUCAGUUUCCAGUGUCAAAGAGUCUGAAAAUGUGGCGGAUGGCAAUAUGUCCUCCAGCCAUGAGCCUCCCAGAGAGAACAAGAGUGCUGAAGACUUUUCUUAAA